UAACUUGGCUCAAACCGUUGGCCAAAACAGUUGAGCGCCGGUCGAAGAAGCGAACACAACGCGGUUGCGCAUGCGCGUGUAUCAUGUGCGGAUCGGACGUGCCAGAAAUUCACAAUUCAAAUAUUGGCUAAAAGAGGGUUCUAUGACCAUAAAAGUGUUCCACCCCGCCAGUGACAAGUGACCAAAACCGACGACCAAAAGAAAUUCAAAUUCAAAUUUAUAUCCCCUACCAAAAACCAAAACAAGCAUGCGUGAACGCAGCCAAACGACCCCCAGAAGGCGACGAGCCGGUCCAAAACACGCCUUGCCUGGCAGCUCCUCCGAGGGAGUGGGCGCCCUGGAGUCCCCCUAUUACACCAUUGACAACACGGAGGAUAUAUACGGCACCACGCUGCUGCCCUCGCAGCGCUGCUACGUAGAUCCCUGGGAUCUGGAGAACUAUGAUUAUGUCCGCAAGAAGAUCGAUGAUGUCACCGGUGGCGGGGAAGCGAUUGAACCCGCCUACGGUGUUGGGGGCAACUCACUGACGCCCAGUCCCACAUACGGAUACGGUGUGGUUGGGGGUGCGGGCGUGGGCGUGGGCAUGUCGGCCACAAUGCCACGCCCCCACACCCAAAGUCGCCGGGUGUCGCGUGCCCAGUGCCAACUGGAGUGCUGCAUGCCACAAAGGACGCGUCGCCGGAGCCGCAGCGCCCGCAAGGAGCCACUCUACACGGCCAGGAGCGACAUCUACGGAGUGCCCAGCCGCUACGAGGACUACAUGGCCACCAUGACCAGGCAGCUGCAGCUGGACAAUGGCGAGGAUGAGGAGCCGGAGGACCUUUAUGGCGAGGAGCAGCGGCAACUGUACAAUGGCUUUGGAGGCUUCUCCAGCACCAGUUCCAUGGAGCACCCCUCCUCCAUUGGCGACGAGCAGCCCGUUCCCCAGCGACGAGCGGCCACCCUCCAGCGCCGCUCCGUUCCCAGUGAGAUGCAGCGGAGCAGCAACAUGGGGGCCGGAGGAUACGGAACUGCCCCCCAUCCGCGGCGCAAGCGGAGUGGCAAGUCGGCGUCCAUGGCCGCUCCGCCGCAGAUCGAAUUCCCCGCCCCGCCGCCACUUUCGCCCGCCUACGACUACUGCAAUCCCUAUGCUACACUGCCGUACUGCAGCAUACCGGAUUGCAGCGAGUGCCAGCAGCAGAUCUAUGCCGCUCCACCCUCCACGCUCUACGGAGCCGCUGGUGGGGAUGGCAGCCGGAUUAGGGGCUCGUCGCCCCAUCAUUCCAGCGGAGGCGACUCGUCGCUCUACUCGGGAAUUUACGCCCGUAAAUUCGGACUGAGCAAGAAGGGUCUGCUGCAGAUCGACUACUCCUGCAGUUGGAACGAUCUGGACCGGGUGAUGCAGCGCCAUUUCUGAGUUCCACGGGCCGCAGCGACAUGCUUGGGUUAGGGUUACUACACAUCACGUUGGCACCAGUCGCGAACAGAAACAUUAUUGUACUUAAGUCAUUUUGCAUUACAAAUCCACACACACACACACACACACACACUGAAGACCAAAUAACUAAACAUGUUUGUCGUAGAUAUGUAGUGUUUUCAUAUUCAUACUUACUGAAUAAACAUUUUGAAGUCAA